UGCUGGGCAGCUGGCAAUGGGAGGCCACCGCCCCAAGCGCAAUCGAACGGGUUUGUGGACGAAGAGACUAAGGAAAUGAAAGAAUACUUUCGCGAGAAAAUCAGGAAGAGGAAGAUAGAGGAAGAGAGGAGAGAGAAGGAAGAAGUGGAAAGGAAGAGGAGGGAAGAGGAAAACAGGAGAGAGAUAGAGAGGAUUAAGGAAGCGGAGGCAAGAGAAGCCAGACUGGAAGCACGGAUGGUACGAUUGCUCACACAGCACACCCGUUCAAGUAACAAGACUGAAGAAGUAAGUGGAAAGAAGAAAUUUCCUAAGACGAAAGCCAGGAUGCUAAGGGAGAUUAGGAGCUACCUGGUAGAAUCGGACGAUGACAGUGAAGAAGUGAAAGAAGAGGCGGGGAAAUUAAUCGAUGCUAUUGAAAGGAGAAAGGGGAAGAAGAGGGUUGAAGAGGAGGGGAGGAUAUCCAAGAAUGUGARGAGGGGCUCUCACGGGAACCCURUGAAGGUUGAAGAAGACAGCGAAGAAGUGAGAACUCCACCACCGAUGAGGAGAUGGCUGGAAGGCGGAAACGGUGGGACGGAGAUGCUCGAUUUCGCCAUCGAGCUUCAUCGCAAGCUAUCCGAGAAGAAAGUUCCUGAGUUGAGGAAGAUGUGCAGCCAAGAAGGGAUUGAGUGGUCGAAGAAGGACAGCGCCAUUGGAGAACUGGUAAGGUGCAAAGCGAAGUUGGCAUACGAGGAAUUCGUUGAGAGCGGGAAGAUAGGCUUGAGCUCCGUUUUAGUAGAUGGUAGGCAGAAGCGGUUGAGGGAUUGUAAGAAGGUUUUUGAACAAGGUGGGUCGUUUCAGGUGGUUGGGCUACGUAUGGUGCCGUCCAGUAUGGAACAUCGUCGGAACGUUCUUCGAGAACUGCGGAGGAAUCCGGGAAGGAUUCAGAGUAUGUACCGCAAGGAUUCGCGGGAGCUGGUGGGGCUGUAUAGAACAUGUGCGCUAUUCGGAGAUAAGAAAGUAAGGAAUAUGCUGAAAACCAAGAUCACGAACGUGGUGAGAAACAAGUUCGGGAUCGAGAUCAGUAAGAGACCAUGCAUUAAAGUACCAUUCUCUCCGAUCAUUCGGAUGGGGGAGGUAAGAAGGAUAGUCGCGCAAGUCAUUGAAGGAGCAAUUCCAGACCCCUACCUUCGUCGCUUCGUUGCGAUGAAGGUGAGGACGGUUGCGAAGACGAGAAGGACGGUUGGGGGAGUGAUUCAUAACCACCGGACCUUUGCGGAGAUGGAGAGCGCACAGUGCAGAUGCCGCAGAAUCGAGCUCUCGCUGACAGAGGGACAUGUGAAGGAGUGGAUCGCCCAAGUGAAAGGAGUACCGAGUUUCGUGACCAAUUCGAAGAACGUGACAUCAGGAUCCGCCGUGCACACGAAGGUUCUGGAGGAGUGUAUCUUGACGGGAGUCGGAGCAUGGAUCAGAGGACGACAGGAGAGAAUAAACCAGCUCGAGCUUUUGAGAUGCUACCAGAACCACAGAGGAGACCAGACGAUGGCCUUGACAGUCGGAGAAGUAAGGAGCAUUAUGAGGCCUUUCGAGGAACUGGUCACCGUCCCGAUAGACAGGAAUCCCGGGGCGACGCUGCUGCUUUGCCCCCAGCUAUAUAGCGAGGCAUGCAGGACCUUUAACGACAACCCGAGCUUUGUGCAAGUGUACCAGACCGAGGACGAAGUACUGAGGAAGAUGAAAAGCGAGUUCGAACGGAGAGGACUGGAGAAGGUGGCAAGGUGGCAAAUGGGAGGGAAGAUUGGACAAGCCUACGUACUCCCUAAGGAUAAAGAUCUCUCCAGAUGGAGGCCGAUUUCCCCGGCCUCCGACGACCCAGCAAGGUUGGCAGGAGCAAGAGCAGGGAGAGUCAUUCGGUACAUGCUCUUCGGGCUGGACCGCAGGUAUCACUUUGAUAUGAGGGCCACGGAUGAACUAAAGAGAGUGAUGGGGGAGAUCGAGGAAGGGCCAGCUGAUAUAGCAGAUGGGGCAGUGGCGGCGAGUUACGAUAUCAAGGACAUGUUUGCAAGGUUGUCUCAUGAUAGCGUGUUGAAAGCUGUAGAUUGGAUUAUUCAGACAAGCACGGCUAAGGGAUUUAAGGGGGUGAGGGUAAGCAUGAGAGGGAAGAUUUGCAUGAUGAUGAGAGGGGGGAGCAAAAUGAACUGGUUCGUGAAUUUAUCGUUUGAAAUAAUCCGGUCGAUCAUCGAGUUUGAAUUAGAAAACACGUUUGUGAAAUGCGCAGGCAGCAUACUGAAGCAGGAGUUCGGUAUUCCCAUGGGGAGGAACUCUAUCCCUGCACUUGCGUACCUUGUGUUCACGAGAGCCGAGUCAUCGUUUGUCAGAUCCUUGGGUGCUCGCCGCACCCGUGUGAGGGGAGUCCGUAUGAUAGAUGGCGUGGCAGUAGUAGUAGCCUUUCACCUGGGAGACGACCAAUCGUCAAAGUCUGCACAUGACAUUCUUCGAGCCUCCGAGUCAUGCUAUGAUGGCAGUCUGAACCUCGUACGCAAGGAUAAAGCAGAUCAUAAAGGAGGAAAUGCCUUCGACUUUCUUGGCACACGGGUUUUCGUAUUGAUGGAGCCAAUUAGGAUUCUGAUCCAUCCCAGGACACGCAAUCAAAUGUACCUGCUGGAAGGAAGGGGGCUGAAGGUGCAAUCUAUGCAAGACUUUGCAUCCUUCUCAAAGAAGUCCACCAAGAAGGGGUCCAUAUAUGCCAUGUUGGUGAGACUCCAGCGGCUGUCAAACGAUGAUGAAGCUCUGAAAGCGGCGAUAGCCGCCCUGGUUAUGGAAGUGCGUGCGGCAGCUUCUUCAACCUCCGGACCCGCUAUGGCGGACUUCCUCUCCGACGGCGACUUCGACUAUGGCGCGUAGCUCUCUCUGCGGCACCCGACGAACGCACGUGGAAUAGCGGGUACCAGCUCCGAUACCAAUGCAAUCAGACUCGC